AUGGAAGAUAACCAUCAAGUAGCUGUGAUUACUGGUACCAAUAGUAAUCUGGGUCUAAAUAUUGCGUACCGUUUACUGGAGAAAAUAGACCCAAAAACUAGCAUUACAAUUGUGGUAACCUCAAGGACACUACCAAGGGCUAGAGAAGUAAUUGAUUUGAUCAACGCGUAUGCAGAAAAACUGGGAAGACCGAGUAUGGUCGAUUUUGACUAUCUUUUAGUGGACUUUACGAACAUGGUGAGUACAUUGGGAGCGUACUACGAUCUCAGCAACCGGUACAAGAAGAUACACUAUUUUUUUGUCAAUGCAGCGCAGGGGGUAUACGAGGGAAUUGACUGGUGGGGAGCUACGAAAGAAGUAUUGACAAGUCCCCUCGAGGCAGUCACAAAUCCUACGUACAAAAAACAGCAGGUUGGCAUCAAGUCCAAGGACGGUAUGGGUCUAGUUUUUCAAGCAAACGUGUUUGGCCCAUAUUAUUUGAUUCAAAAGAUCCUACCCCAAUUAACAGCAGGAAAGGCUGUUAUUGUAUGGAUUUCAAGUAUUAUGUCUGAUCCAAAAUACCUUUCACUCAAUGACAUCCAGCUCUUGCAAAGUAAUGCGUCUUACGAAGGCUCGAAGAGACUAGUAGAUCUUUUACACUUGAGCACCUACAAAGAUCUGAAAAAAUUAGGAAUUCACCAAUAUGUGGUUCAACCUGGUAUUUUCACUAGUCAUUCAUUUUUCAAAUAUCUCAAUGUGUUCACAUAUUACAGCAUGCUGUUUCUGUUUUAUCUCGCAAGAUUUUUGGGAUCUCCAUGGCACAAUAUUGAUGGAUAUAAAGCGGCCAAUGCUCCAGUUUAUGUCGCGACUCUUGCUAAUCCAAACUUUGAAAACCAAGAGGUAAAGUAUGGAUCGGCUACAUAUAAAGAAGGAAUGGAAUACAUUAAGACCACCGACAUAGAUCCAACUGGUGCAUCUGAUGUUAAGGCCUACGUGGAUGGGUUGAAGAAGGAAUGGGACGAGAAGUUGAAAGAUCAGAUUAAAAACUCUCGCCAAGUAGUUUAG